UUUGAGGACGCGACAUUUUCAGAGGUCCUGGACGACUUGGCCAGCCGGUUUAUCAUUAACGUGCCCGAAGAGGAGCUACAGCAGGUGGAGCGGAUUUGCUUCCAGAUAGAGCAGGCGCACUGGUUCUACGAUGACUUUGUGCGGGAGAAGAACCCGUCACUGCCGUCAAUGUCGCUAAAGACGUUUGCGGGGCGGAUGUUCAAGCACUGUCCGCUUUUGUCGCAUUGGGCGCACGACGCAGAGACAGCAUACCAGACAUUCCUCGAGUACAAGUUUAAGGUGCCGGUGUGCGGAGCGAUAAUUCUGAACGAGGCGCUGGACAAGGUGCUGCUGGUGAAGGGGUGGAGCUCGCGGUCGAGCUGGGGGUUCCCGCGCGGCAAGAUCAACAAGGACGAGCCCGAGUGGCAGUGUGCGCAGCGCGAGGUUAUUGAGGAGACGGGGUUUGACAUCCUGCCGCAUCUGCGGAUUGAGAUCACGCAGGCGGACCAGAAGAUCCUGCUGUACAUAAUUACGGGGAUUCCAGAGGACACAGAGUUCAUUCCGACGACGCGCAAGGAGAUCAGCCAGAUCCAGUGGCACAACAUCACGGAUUUGCCG